AUGACAAACUCGGACUACGGGAAGCUCGCCAUUGCCACGGCCGCCAUUCUCGGAAUCCUCACACUCGGUGCACUGAUAUACUUGCUAGUGUGGUACAUUCGACGAAGACUCCGCGCCCGACGGCUUCAUCGCCAGAGCCAGGAGAAUGACCAAUUUGACCAAUCCGCAGUAUCCUUGGCCGAGGACACAAGCAGGACUCUAGAUGACUUCCUGAUGAAGGAUAUCCAGCCCGAGCGGAGUUCAAUCUUGUUCAGCAGAAGCGGGUCUCCAUCCAUUACCAUAAUCAUUGACGACGCGGACGAUGCUGGCCGCUGCAAGUCUCCGCCUCAGCCUUAUCUCACAGAACAUCACACUGCACCUUCUUCAUCUGCAGAUACCCACACGUUGAUACAGAUCCCAACCCAAGACUCUGUUCCUGAUGACCUGUGGUCAGAUCAGACUCAGUGGAGUAACUCGGGACAGCGUUCUUCAAGCACGACGCCGAGAGCAUCCACCUCGUCGUCUGUCGUCCCAACAUCGCGGUCAUCGCAGAUUUGGACUACGACCUCUGCUAGCACACCGUCCGACCAGACUCAGAGGCGCAGCUUGGGACAUCACUCGUCAACCACGACACCGAGAGCAUCCGUAUCGUCAUCUGUCAUUUCAACAGCGGGAUCCUCCCAGGUUUGGACUACGACCUCGGUAGGGACUGAGACGUUUUCGCUUCUUAGUCAAUCUUCAAAUCACUCGCGUCGCCCUCAAAGUCCCACUGGUCCAUCGGCCUCGGGCAUAUCACAGGUAUAUACACGUCGUUCGAAUGUUUCUGGUGCAUCGAGUCGUCCGUCCAGUGCAGGUGUCUUGCAGUCUGCAUCCCGAAUGUUCAAUGAGGCGGAGGCUUCUCGGAUGGCUUACUCGAGAAAUAUCGACUCUGUUGGAUCAAUGACUCCUACUUCUCCUGUUUCUCCGGUGUUGGUGGACGUCUCAGCUGAACAUGAUCUGCCCCAAUGGACAUCCGUUCCCCCUACUCCUUUUCCUUUCAGUCAGCUCUGA